CGACCUCGCCUCCUGAUGACCCACGGCGAUAGUCGCCUGUGGCAAUGAGCACGCAGCUUGCACCAGAGAUCUUUGGCUUGCACGAUGCAGAUAGAGCCGCGCUCAAAAGGGCAGCUCAGGAAGUGCAAUCGGAGCCCUUCAGUAUAAGGGCCUGUCCGUGUCACCCAGUCAGCGUUGGAAGCCCGGACGCCAGCAUUUAAAAGCAGCAACUGGAUCUGGGGUUGAGAAGCAAUUGACGACAAGCCUGUUGUUACUUCUACCGCUACCGGAGACCUGGGAAGAUGAACGCCCCGGGGUUAGGAGCCUUCAAUGAAGUUGCCCAAACACCACUGCUGAGGAAAAUCAGAAGCUUGAUACCCCUCAACUUCUGGACAGAAGUGAAGGAACUGUUCCUAUUGGCCGGUCCAGUGGUUCUGUCCCAGCUGAUGGUGUUUCUCAUCGGCAUAGUCAGCUCCAUAUUCUGUGGUCAUUUGGGGAAAGUUCAACUGGAUGCAGUGUGUCUCGCUACAGCAAUGAUUAAUGUAUCGGGUAUCUCCGUGGGUGCUGGAUUGGCCUCCGCCUGUGAUACGCUCAUAUCCCAGACAUUUGGCAGCAGAAAUCUGAAGAGAAUUGGGGUGAUUCUGCAAAGAGGAAUCCUCAUCCUGAUGAUAUUCUGCUUCCCCUGUUGGGCCCUCUUAAUUAACACCGAGCACAUCCUGCUGGCUGUUCACCAGUCUCCCAAAGUGGCCAAGUUAGCUCAGCUGUACGUGUGGAUAUUUAUCCCUGGUCUUCCUGCAGCAUUUCUGUAUCAGUUGGAGAUCCGAUACCUUCAGAAUCAGGGGAUCACUCUGCCGCAAGUCUUCACGGGUCUCCUCGCCAACAUCUUCAACGGGCUGGUGAAUUACGUCCUCCUCUACGUGCUGACACUGGGCGUGCCAGGCUCCGCUGCUGCCAAUGUUGCUUCUCAGUACUUUCAAGUCAUUCUCCUGUUUCUGUACAUUCGAAGGAAGAAGUUGUAUGUGGGGACAUGGACAGGCUGGUCAGCUGACUCUCUGCAGGAGUGGGGCAGCUUUGUCCGACUUGCCAUCCCCAGCAUGUUGAUGCUGUGCAUUGAGUGGUGGACCUACGAGAUUGGCACCUUCCUAUCAGGGCUGGUUAGUGAAGUUGAACUCGGAGCACAGUCGGUUAUUUACCAGGUGUUAACAGCGGCAUACAUGAUACCCCUUGGUUGCAGUGUGGCUGCAAGUGUCCUUGUGGGCAACGCGCUUGGGGCUAGAAACCCGGAGAAGGCUCAGAACUCAGCAGCCAUCGCCCUGUGUUUCAUCGGCGGCUGUUCACUGCUGAUUUCUGUCAUCCUUGGAGCCACUCGGAGUGUGCUGGGAUAUGUUUUCACCACGGACAAGGAGAUCAUUCAGUUGGUGUCAGAUGUGGACCCAAUCAUUGCCACGUUCCACUGGUUUGAAGCCAUAGCUACUGUGAGCGGCGGAGUGCUGAGAGGGGCUGGGAAGCAGAAGCUGGGAGCCCUCGGUAACCUGGUUGGCUUCUACUCCAUUGGCUUCCCCCUGGGGGUCACGCUAAUGUUUCCAGCUCGCCUUGGCGUCACAGGUCUUUGGUCGGGCUUCUUCGUCUGUGUGGUCGUACAAGCUGUCUUCUUCCUGGUUGUCAUUGGCAAAAUUAACUGGAGGAAGGCCUGUGAACAGGCAAUGAUCAAUGCGGGGAUGAAGAUAAAUGUGGACACUUCUUACAGCUCGGGUAACAGCCCGGUGAACGAUAUUCCAACAGAGGCACGGGCGGAGAAUGUCGCCAUCAUUGUGUUGUCCAACCUUAGUCAAGUGGAGAGCAACGCUGAUACCGAGCAACUCAGGGAAGAAAGCACCGUGCCUGAAAUCGGAGUGACGAUCGUUGGCGAAAUCUUAUCCACAAAGCAACUCGUCCUACGCCGGGGCCUGGCCUUCCUUUCGGGACCCUUGAUCCUGGCCGUCGGGCUGGUGGUUCAGUUGACUGUUGUCCACGGAACAUAGUCCUUUGGUGAAAGCGGCUGACGGACGCAGGGGAGAUCGAGGGGCAUUUCAACAGCAAGGGGACCAGCCAGAGGGACACCUUGCCUUGGAGUACAGGCGGUCAGCAUGCAACUGGGGCGUCAGUCGGGAAUUCUCAGCUGUCCCAUCUGGAGAAGUGUGCAGGGACCUGGUACACAAUCCACAAUCCAGCAAGGAAAGGUCUCCAGAUUUCACACGGAAGGAAUCAAUGCAAGCGAUCAAGCAUCUUUAGGUCUAAGUUUAUGAUUGUUACGUACAUCAAGAUACAGUGAAACGCUUUUGUUUGCAUGCUAUGCAAUGGAAUCAGACAAUACUAUAUAUGAAUACUAUUAAACCAUACACAAGUGCCACAAGUAAAGUAAAGAGGGGAAAUAGCAGAAUAUAGUUUCCCAGCACUGUAGAAAAAGUCCAGAGAAACAGUCUAAUGUCCACAAUGAGAUGGGUUGGAGAUUCAGGACAGUACCCUCGCUUAUACAAGGACCAUUCAGAAGUCUGAUAACAGAGGGGAAGAAGCUGUUCCUGAGUCUGGUGGUACGUUCGUUGAAGCUUCUGUACCUUCUGCCCGAUGGGACUGGAGAGAAGGAAUGACCAGUGUAGGAAAAAUCCUUGAUUGUGUUGGCUGCUUUCCCAAGGUAGCGUGGAGUCUAGAUGGAGUCGAUGGUGACAAGUCUGGUCUGUGUGAUGGACUGGGCUACAUCCACGGCUCUGCAAUGUAUUGCAGUCUUGGCCUGAGCUGUUCCUAAAACCAAGCUGUGAAGCAAGCUGACAUUGUGCUCUCCAUAACGCAUCAGUAGAGGUUUGUAAGAGUCAUUGGAGACAUGCCGAAUUUCCCCAGUCUCCUGAGGAAGCAGUGGCAUUGGUGUGCCUGGUGGCUCUCGUUUCAAUGUCGUUGGUCCACGACAGGUAGUUGUGGUUAUUUACACCUGGAGCUUGUAGCUGUCAACCAUUCCCAUCUCCACAUCAUUGAAGGUACACAAAAAUGCUGGAGAAACUCAGCGGGUGCAGCAGCAUCUAUGGAGCGAAGGAAAUAGGCAACGUUUCGGGCCGAAACCCUUCUUCAGACCACAUCAUUGAUGCUGAUCGGGGAGUGUACUCCACCACUCUUCCUGAAGUCGAUAACAAGCUCCUUCAUCUUGCUGACCAUGAGGGAGAGGUUGAUGUCCUGACACCAUGUUAUGGAGCUCCCCGAUCUCCCUGUACUCACAACUCAGAUACUCCGAUGCUGUCCAAAUUUGUGUUAUAUUGCCGCUGUUUAAUGUUCAGUUAAGGACUCGUAGAUGCAGUAGCGAUCCAGUUUACAUUCGUUAUGUUCAGGGGUUAAAAUCCAGCAGACGUUCCAGACGUCAACAUUGAGGACCACAAUUAUGAAUACAGUAAAAUAUGCUCUUCUCU